AUGUGGCUCAUCGACACCGAGACUCUGAGGCUUCAUGCCUUCGUGCCUCCAGACCUCCCACCGUACGCCAUACUAUCUCACACCUGGGGACUCGGAGAGAGGACAUGCGAGCUCGCCAGGAGAAAUGGUCUGGGAUGGGCAUGGGUGGACACUUGCUGCAUCGACAAGUCCUCAAGUGCCGAGCUCUCAGAGGCGAUCAACUCAAUGUUCGAGUGGUACGAGCUCUCAGCCAUCUGCUUCGCCCAUCUUGCAGAUCUGCCCGUUGAGUCCCCCAUGCUGUGGAUGUCCGAGUCUGGCAUGUCUAAGCGUGCGUGUCGCUGGUUCGAACGUGGGUGGACCCUCCAAGAGCUCAUUGCGCCCAAGACGCUGGAGUUCUUUGACCGUGAAUGGAACUCGCGUGGUUUUAAGACCGAAAGCUCCGUCCUGCGUCAACUGUCUGCGAUGACCGGGAUACAGGGCAAGACUGCCCGAGUAAUGAAGAACAGCGCGGAAAUCACCGAGGUUUCCAUUGCGGAGAGAAUGUCUUGGGCGUCAAAAAGGCGGACAACCCGGGUCGAAGACAUGGCCCACUGCUUACUUGGUCUCUUCCGCGUCAAUAUGCCCUUGCUCUAUGGCGAGGGGUCGCGAGCUUUCAUGCGGCUUCAAGAGGAGAUUCUAAAGAACAGUACCGACAUGUCCCUCUUCUGCUGGACUGCGCCACAGGAAGCCUCCCAGUCGUACCGCGGAUUACUGGCCCGCCAUCCCUCGGAGUUUGCGUCAUGGUACCAUACAGAAUCCACCUCACGAAAGUCCAUCAGCUGGGCUAUGUGCGAGCAAGAGAAGGAGUUUUCCUCGACCAAUAAGGGAGUUCGCAUGGAUGUAACCUUGGCGAGUUUAUUUGUUCACGGCGUGAACAGAACGUGUCUGAAAUGCACACUGUUCCCAGAUGAUUACGUCGUCUUCAUACCGCUUCGAUACCACCGGGACAAUAUCUACGUCAGAGAGCUUCCUACCAUCAUCAUUUCUUCACACAUAACACGGCACGAGCAAGAAACCAUAUACAUCGCCAAGGACGUGGAUGAACGUAUGUCGACAAAUCUACAGGCUAAGGUAGCGGAGGUUUUGAGCAUCGACAGAUCCCUACUUCCGGCCAACUUCUCGUUGGAGGUAACCGAGACCUGGCCCAAGAACCUGUGGCUGCCACAGCGGCAGCGGUAUGCCCUGCCCGAAUCAAAACUAUUUUAUUGCAUCACAUCAUACAGCGUCUAUUUUGGGACUGUCGAGGUCGGCGACGUAUGUCUCAUCUGCCAGCGGCACUCUUCUGCCUUGCAGCCUUUGCGUUACGCCUUGAUUCCUUUGCAAGAAGCAACUGGCAGUGCUGGCAUUUUGUCGCAAAUUAGAGACCACGAUAUCAGUAACGCGAGGGCACAGCCUGUUGAGGCUCUCAGUCUGAUGGAGCAAUUCAUUAUUGAUGGUCGCCAGGCAGUAGAACUUUCGCAUGGAGACCUCAGUUUCUCACUUUUUGUCACGCGAUACUCUGAGACCGAGGAGAGUGCCAACACACUGUUUUUGAAGGUGACUUCUUCCCAGGACCUUCUCCAUCCAUUACCUAUCAAGAAAAGGAAGACAAUAUCGAUCGGUGAUAGUGAGGGACCUGGCCAUCGCCUCGAACGUGCUCCUCAGAUAGGAGGGGAUGGUGCCGUGGUGCAGCCACCGAACCCAUCCGAUAUCGCGGAAGCGGAGCGGGAAAACUCAACAUAA